CUUGCUCUGCAACAUCAUGUCACAGACAGUCUGUUUUCAGUGGUAGUGAAUAAUGAGGGAGAAGGGAAGAACGGCUUACAUCUCUGAAACAGAGGAGUCACAAAGCUGCAGUCUGGACCUUUAGCAUUCACAGUUGCAGAGUGUCAACAUGUCAGCUGCCAGCUACAUGUUGACAGAGGAGCAGCUUUUGUGCUGCAUCUGUCUGGACGUGUUCACUGAUCCAGUCACGUUACCAUGUGGACACAACUUCUGCAAAAACUGCAUCACACAGCACUUGAAUUUUAACCCCUACCGCCAGUGUCCCAUGUGUAAAGAGCAUGUUGACAAGAAGUACAAGCUUGGGGUCAAUACGUUCAUAUCUGAAAUGGCUGUUCAGUUCAGACAGUCGGCUGGAAAGAAAGCCAGCAGCAGCCGGGAGCAACACAUUGUCAGACCAGAAGUGUCUUGUGAUGUUCCCACUGGACCUAAACGGACAGCCCUCAUGUCCUGCCUGUUGUUAGCAUUAGGCCUGACAUGUCUGACCAUCUACUUAGUAAUUGACCUAAAGCUUCAUCAAGCAGUGUCCAACCUGAAAACUCAUCAGCCUUUUCAUACAGUUGAGAAAUCGGCAGACAGGAGGUGUACUAAGCAUGACAAACCUCUGGAGCUCUACUGCAAGAAUGAACAAAUGUCCAUAUGUCAAUCCUGCGCAGAUUUCAGCCACAGGUUUCACCACGUAGUUUCUCUGAAAGAGGAAUAUGAAGUAAAGAAGAUGGUGCUUGGGAAAACAGACACUAAACUACAGCAAAUGAUCCAGGAGAGACAACUGAAGAUUCAGGAGGUCACAAAUUCAGCAAAGCUCAGCAGUGGAGCUGCAGACAGAGAGAUGGCGAAUGGUGUUCAGGUCUUCUCCGCUCUGAUUCAGUCUUUGGAGCGAGCCCAGAAAGAGCUCAUCGGGAUGAUUGACGAGAAGCAGAAAGCGACAGAGAAACAGGCCAAAAGUUUCAUCCAAGAGAUGGAGCAGGAGAUCUCUGAGCUGAUGAGGAGGCGAGCCGAAGUGGAUCGGCUCUCACGGUCUAAAGACCACCUCCACUUCCUCCAGACUUUCUCGUCCCUGAACGCUGCUCCACCCACCAAAGACUUAACAAAGAUCAGCAUUUGUCCAGCCUUGUACGAUGGAAUCAUGAGGACAGCUAUGGUUAGAGCUGUGAAUCAGCUGACAGACACAGUGAAAACUGAGAUGAAGAAGCUGCAGGAAGCUGAACUGAAAAGGGUCCAGGAGAAUGCAGUGGAUGUGACAUUGGAUCCUGAUACAGCUCAUCCUGCUCUCAUCCUGUCUGAAGAUGGCAAACAAGUACACUGUGGUGAUGUGUGGAAGAAACUCCCAGAGAACUCAAAACGAUUUGAGCCUGCAAUUAAUGUCUUGGGAAAGCAGAGUUUUUCCUGUGGACGAUUUCACUAUGAUGUUCAUGUUAAAGGGAAGACGGGGUGGACUUUGGGAGUGGCCAGUCAGUCAGUCAGCAGGAAGGGAGAAAUUACAUUAAACCCUGAGAAUGGCUACUGGACUAUAUGUCUGAGGGAUAGAAAAGAGUACUUUGCACUUGCUAGCUAUCCAGCCCCUCUCUCUGUGAAUUAUUACCCUGAGAAGGUGAGAGUGUUUGUGGAUUAUGAAGAGGGUGUGGUCUCCUUUUAUGAUGUGGAUGCUGCAGCUCUUCUUUACUCCUUUACUGACUGCUCCUUCACUGAAAAACUCUACCCAUUCUUCAGUCCUGGUACUAGUGAUGAUGGCAGAAACUCUGCCCCACUGAUUAUUUCUCCUGUUAAUCAGCAGAAAUUAAACUAAUCGUUGUUUUUGUAACAACCUAGUAUGUUGUAUUAGAUUUUUGUUAGUUCAGUCACACUAAGUGCUACAUUAUAAUAACUCCAGUCACCUACAAUGUCCUGUACUGCAAAGAGCUUGAUCAACUCAGAGCUUCUCAUCUGGAUUCUGAGAGACAGAAGACAGAGUUUAGUGCAAGAAUCAGACUGUGAA